AUGCCGUCACUCCUUCUUUUCCACUCGGUGGUGUACGAGGAAGACAUGUUGAAGCUCACCUGUAUGCACCGCAAGGUGUUUCGGUCGUACUGCAAUCGGCUGCUGGAAGACCGGCUGAUCGUGGCAUAUACACAGAAGGAGGACUCGCCGCAGUACCGGAUGAUGACGACGACGUAUUUUUUCGUGCGCUGGGUCGAGGCCAUCGACGCCAUCAAAUGGAAAAUCCACUCUCUGGUGAAAAUGGUGAAGGACGAGGUGGACCAGCUCAGCGACCCGCAGGGCUACGUGUGUCCGUCGUGUCGGACGAAAUACUCGCUUCUGGACGCGGCGUCGCUGCUGAGCGAGGACAAGGCGUCGUUCGAGUGCUCUGUCUGCGGAGACAAGCUGAUCGAGGAUGAUUCUGGCAUGGAGGCGCAGAAAGGCCAGGAAAAGCUGGAGAAGCUCAUGUCGCAGAUCGAGCCGAUCAUCGAGUCGCUCAAGAAGAUCGACAACAUGAAGAUCGAGGACAACAACUUCGAGUCGUCGCUGGUCAAGGCCAUCCCGGUCUCGUCGAGCUCGGUCGCGUCGUACACGGUCAGCUCGAAGGUGCCGCGCAACGGCAAGCCGGGCGGCAUGUCGCAGUCGUUGCAGAACGCGGCACAAAAGUCUCAGGCCACGGUGCACGUGUCGAUCACGGCGGACGACGAGGACAUGAGACAGGAGCGCGAGUCGAAGGAGCAGAAGAGCGAGACGCUCAAGCAGAACGCGCUGCCGUCCUGGCACAUGGAGAGCACGGUCGGAAAGUCGUUGUUGAAGGGCAUGGAGCAGGAAACUCCAAACAUCAAGAAGGAGGCUACGGAGGCAGGAAUCGAGAAGCAGAUCAAAAAGGAGGACUCAGAGACCGACUCGGGUGGCCGCGCUGGCUACAGUGUCUCAGACACGGCCGGCUCAGACGCCAACGGGCCGGGAACUGCCGAUACUGCCGAGGAGCUGGACGCUUUGGAGGCGUACUACGCGCAGUUACGUGCUAAUCAGGAGGCCGAGGACGACGAGGACGACGAGGAUCUUGACGACGCGAUGUUUGAGGAUGAUAUGGAGUGA